GACACCUUGUAAUAUCCAGAAACAUGGCAGAGGACUACGGUAGAAAGUGGGAUCGCUGCCUGGCGGACACCGGUGUUAAAACAGUGAUUGGCCUUGGGGUUGGAUUCAUGUUCUCCGUUCUCUUCUUUAAGAGACGCACAUGGCCCACUGCACUUGGUUCAGGAAUGGGGCUUGGCAUGGGAUACGCUAACUGCCAGCAUGACUUCAGAGCCCUCCAUCUGGUUCACGGAGCUGUGGUUAAGGACCAGUAACUCAACACUAGCUCCUCAAUUCUGUUUUGUCACUGCUGCUUACAUAUUCCAUAAAAAUGAUGUCCAUAACAGCUCAUGUAGUGCUAAAAAGAAGGGCAUUGUAAAUAUAUUUAAUAAAAAAAAUGAAGGAA